AGAAUGGCAAUCAAGUAGAUACAGUAAUUACUGCUACUGGUAGGUCCAACAUUUCUCUUUUUUUUAAAAAACUUUUGGUCAAUUGCGGGGAAUUGAAGGGGUCAAAUUGUGAUCAUCAUCUCCUUAAUUACAUGAUUAAGCACUGCUUAUAUAUUCCUAAAGAGGAAAAAACAGUAGAAUUAUCCUACUACACAUUGACUUGGACUGUUUCUCAGACUGGUCCAACCAUUUUGAGAACCUCAAACAGAUGGGUAGAAUCCACAAAGCAGUAUACUAUUGCUCAGUAUCAAAGGGGGGUCAAAUUCUGUAUUCAUUUAAUGGCGGUGAUGAUGAGAUUGAGGACUUGGCUUUAUUGUGCUUGCAAAGGACACCUCCUUAUCAUAAAUGCUACUUCCACACCAUGGCUAAAAAGACUUUUGGGUUCUUGAUGGAAGAGGGCUAUGUUUGUUUUGCUAUUGCUGAUGAGGGUCUUGGUAACGCUGAAGUUCUUCGGUUUCUAGAACAAUUGAGGGAUGAAUUCGGAAAGGUGUCUAAAAAGGGUUCCGGACGGAGUAUCUCAAAUCUGAAUUCACUCUGUUUACAAGAACAACUAGUUCCUGUUAUUCGGCAUUUGAUUACUUCCUUGGAGCAUGUAUCUCGUAAUGACACUGGGCACGGUGGCACUUGUGUUUCGCCAUAUAACAAUGUGAAUGCACAAAUAGAGGGUGGAAGAGCCCCUCUAUUAGCCAAGCCUACUAGACAAGACAAGAAGAAAAUGAAGGAUCAUGCAAUUUCCAUGAGAGGUAUUGAGUUGGAGGAGCACCGCAAAUCUACAGAACGAGAUUCAGGAAGAGAGAUUGAUCCGAAUAAUGAAGGUGCAACAGUUCCUCCACCGAAGGAGUUUGGGUUGAGGAGGAGUAGAUCCGGCUCUCUAAACUUGCAAAGGAGGUGGUGCCGCCAAGUACGCAUUGUCCUUGCCAUUGAUGCUGCAGUAUGUCUUGUGUUGUUUGCAAUUUGGUUAUUUAUUUGUCAAGGUACAAAGUGCAUUCGCUGAGUUGUUACCUUAUAUAUUUUCUUAAAGCAUGGACCCAAGCGCAUUUCUGAAACUACUCCGGACACAUUACUUGUUCAGGAAGAUGGAUAGAGAAUUUCACAUAUCAAGCAGCUUCUAUGCAUAAAUCCAAGUAUAAGUUACGAACUCAUUGUACAGUUUGAUCUCAUGUUUAUGGAUAUAACAGUUGAUGCAGUACACUACAAUCGGAGUUUCUUGUUUGGCUGAAGGAGUCCAUCCUAUUUGCAGCUUGCUGGAACCAAAAGUAGUACUUCCUUUCGUUAUUUUGAAGCUUUUGUUCUUUCAGCUUGCGAUUUGUAUAUUAACAACUUGGCGCUUACGUGCACAAAACAUGUUUCUACAAUGUCUCCUCCUUACUGUCACAGUGAAAUACAGCAUCUGUCUGCUCUAUUGAGAAAUUUCUCCUGUACUUUCUGAAUAUCUUCCUUUUUGGAGGGUAAUUUUUCCUUUUAGGAGUGGUGGGCAGGCAGCUCUUUGCUCUGCAGGGACAAGAGCUAUGACGAACUUGCAAAAUUUGAGUACUCGAACUAGUGUGGAAGGACAUCCACAUCAAGACUAAUAACUAACAGAACUUUGGGACAGUUGGAUACAUAUAGAAGGGGUUGAGAAUGACGUUAAUUGCUUGGUUUACUCGAGUAGUUUCUAUUCAAAUUGACGCCCUUCACUCAGUAAGGCAGAUAAAUAAUUUACAUCCUGGUUGGGGGAAUGUGCUUAUGCUCGGUGGCUGGAUUUGAUUUUCUUAGAUAACGGUUGGUGUCCUCCCACUAGCACACGUAUCAAAUAACUUCAGCCGGCGAGGUUUAGGCAGAUGGGAAGAAAUUAUCUAGCACUUUGUUGUCUUUACUAUUAUUUGAACUCUGAUCUUCAUUAUUUUCGCACUUCAUUAACCGCUAGACCACACCCUUGGAUGCAUGGUCGGACUUGAUAUAUGAUUAUUCUAGAUUGGAAAUGUUGUUUCUGC